AUGAGGGGAGGAUCUUUGGAUUCUAGGGAUUCCUCUGCGGGCAGUCACAUCCCUCGCCGCUCCAAGCUGCCAUCACACUCUCCAGAUAUUAUUAUCAAGCAUACCAUCAGUGUGGACGAUCCCGCCCAGAUUCUCAUCCAACACAAAGAAGAACGACGCAGAAAUUUCAAUACUUUGGUCCGCAGGUACAAACACCAGAUUCUAUACGGUUGCGAAAACCCCAAUUGCCGAACGCCGACCUGCUUGAAUUAUCAAAGACGAGUUUCAGAAGGACCGUUUCGACCGUAUACCGAGCUCAGCGCGCGCACGUUAGCAUGCUACUUGGCUAGUCAGGACAACCCGGAGAAGGCACUUUGUCGCAACCCACCACGGCCAACUGCAGACUUCUCGCCAACACGUCAACCACCCCAUGUGGAAUAUAGGGCACAUAGCGCAGGAAGCAAAUCACAACGAUUCGAACAUACAGAAAAUGAAGCGCAUCCGGAGUCCGACCGGCAUUCGUCAAUUGCCAGCACAGCGCCUCCGCCGCCAGAAAACGUCAGACACUCUUCCCGAGAUUCGCAUCUAUCUGGACUAUCACGAACGAAAGACCCAAAGUCAUUCACACAGAAUCUCUUUGAUACUUUGUCAUUAAGAAUGGUAGAAUGGCUCCCCUUGCGCCAGACGACUACCGAUACUCUAGAUUGUGCAACUUCGACUUCCGUUCGUUCACACAAAAAUCAAACACACCUAGGAGAAUCCAAAGAACGCGAGAAUGACGACAAGACACGACGAAUACACACCCACAUGACCAGCAAUAGCAUUUCCUCAACUGAACCAACAACCCCUUCGAACCGGCCAAAGCGGCGUUCAAACUCUAACCUCGACCGGAAGACUCCUUCACAAACGUUGAAGCGCGUCACACUAGAAGAUACAGAGACAUGGCGACCGGCGCCGCGGCAUAGUACGGAAUUCAAAUCGCGGGACGGUCGUUCGACCACUCCAAGAGCCGUGCCAUCGAGAACUUAUUCUCAACACCAUAUUCCUACACCACCCCCUGCUCUUAAGCAGCGUGCAACAAAGACGAACAGAGUCACAAACGAUCAUACAUCUAAAACACCGAAGCAAACCAGACGAGUUUCUUGGGACGGAUCAAAGCUUUUGAGAGAAUCGGCCGAACUCUCAGAUGCAAACGAUGAGACAGUAGAGAAAGCUACACCAGACUCUUUGUCGCCCGAGCUUCCGUAUCUGAGGCCGCCUAGUAUACAGAGUGUUCCGUACCAAGCGACAUCAGUUGAUACAUUGAGCCACCUAAAUGCGGAAAUAGUGGACGGUUUGGCCCAGCUUUUAGCACACAAUGAAGCAGACGCCCAGAAAUGGAAAGAAGAGCUCGAAUAUAUAAACACUCAAGGGAAGUUGGACAAUCAUAAAUGGCGCUAUGCGACGCUUCGCCAGCGCGAGGUAUUCCCUUUCAUUGCCCAAUCGGUGUUUUACGGGUUGAAUAGCAGUCGACAAUUGAGAAAGUCCUUUCGGCGAAAACGCUCGCCGUCCAAAAACCCUCGAAAAACCACCGAGGGCAUCACUGUCGAUUUGCAGACUCUAGAGCCUACGCUACGAAAGUUGCAGGAUAUUUGUCCCAGCGAUCUGGUUCUUAACAGUUUGUGGAACUCUCUAGAACAAUUAUUCAUACCCCCUAGGGAUAUGCCUAUAGCAUUCAGAGCCAGUCGACGCCUAUCUUACAUUCAGCCAGACAGCCUAUCACCCAGUGCAUCACAAACCUCCACUCAAGACGAAUCGCUUUCUGAUACAGACGCAGCUCAUAUGCUUACAGUUGUAUUCUUUGCACUCGUAACAUUCCUGCCAAAAGUUGACGGACAAACUUGGCGCGGCAUUCAACAAAUACGCGAAGCAGGAACUGUAUUGCCGGAGGCUCAGAUGCAAAAGUUAGAUGCUAAAAGUUCCGCUUUGGUUCUGUGUGUCACGGAUAAGCUGGAGCACGAUCUUGCUUUGCGACUUGUUCACCGCCUGGUGCGUGCUCUUACAGCUCGCCUAGCAUUCCACGAGAUAUCCAAAGCCAAGACACUUCCCAGCCUGGAAGCCAAGAAAAAACGUGACAAGAGUGUCUUGGAUCUCCUGUUUGACAAUCUGCGUGAACAUCACGAGUCUUUGAAGAAAGAGGCUGAAAGCGGUGGCCAGGCUGUCGCCCUCGAUACGCCGGUUGCUGCAGCUAUGAUCGUUGAGUGGAUUCGUACGUUGUUCUUCAAAGAAUGGGAUGGUAAGCCUGAAAUUCCUAGAUCGGAAGCAGCCGGUGGUGCAAUUCAGAUUCUCUCAUCCAUGUAUAGAAAUAGACAGCGACUUGGCCUUGAAGCAGAGGCUUUCUAUACAAGUUUCCUGUCAGAAAGACUUGACGCAAUGGAGAUGCCUGUCGAAUGGUUGAGUCGAGCUUCAAACAAUCGAACCUUGCAUCUCUUGUCAUUCACAUUUUUAUUUCGACCUGCUGCGCUCGUCAAAUACUUUCGUGCCAUCAACUAUGCGGCCAUGUCAAAAGCAUAUGAAGCCGGGAUGAUUGCACAACGACAGGCAAGUCGGACAGCCUUUAAUCGUACCAUCCAGAUUGCAGAUGAGAUCAAUCUUCUAGCACGUCUACAUACCUCCAUGAAUCAAUAUUUUGUCGUUUCAGUUCGUCGUGAGCAUGUUCUGCAGGAUGCAUUCAAUCAGAUAUGGCGCCGCGAACGUCGUGAGCUCCUGCGGCCUCUCAAAGUCAAGUUAGGAACGGAGCUAGGUGAAGAAGGAGUUGAUCUUGGUGGUGUCCAACAAGAGUUCAUGACGAUGGCUUUUGCGGAGGCAUUGAAUCCUGAGCAUGGCAUGUUUAGCGUUGAUCCUACUACUCGCAUGGCAUGGUUUCAGCCGUGUUCUCCUGAGAGCCUGGAGCAUUUCGAACUUGUGGGGAUAUUGAUGUCGUUGGCGGUAUACAAUGGUCUUACGAUUCCCGUCACCUUUCCUCUUGCAUUGUAUCGCAAACUUCUCGAUCUUAAAGUCAAGCGUACCGAGCAUAUCCAGGAUGGCUGGCCCGACCUCGCCAAGGGAUUGGAGAGUCUAUUGGCUUGGAAUGACGGUGAUGUUGGGGACGUGUUUGUGAGAAGCUAUGAGUUCAGCUUUGAAGCAUUCGGUAGUGUGCAGACGGUGGACAUGGAACGCACAGACAGGGAUGUCGAGUGGCCCAUGAUUGAGCAAGUUCAGAGCCGAGAGCGAAGGCGCAGCAGUGUCUCCAACUAUUCUAUCGGGAUUCAAGAAGAAAGAAACGCCAGUAACGAGACGUCCGAAGAACAAGCUGAUAGCGAUAUCGGCUCUUUUCAGACCGGCAUUCUUAAAGGCGCCGACUACAACACUUCUCUGAACACAUUCACGCCACAGGAGGAUACAGAAGAGUCAAGUCUCGUAACUAAUGCAAACCGUGAGCAAUAUGUCAAAGAUUACUUGUUCUGGUUGACCGAUAAAUCCGUUCGCCCGCAGUAUGAAGCAUUCGCUCGUGGAUUCUUUACCUGCAUAGACCGUUCAUCCCUUGCCCUGUUCACACCAGAGAUCCUUCAAACAGUGAUCGAAGGUACACAAGAAAUUGACAUUGAAGAACUUCAACGCCAUGCCACUUACGACGGAGGCUGGGACGGCAAACACCCUCUCAUCAUCGCAUUCUGGAAUAUCGUCAAGAAUUAUUCUCGUGAGCAAAAGGCUCGAUUACUCGAAUUCGUCACUGCUACUGAUAGGGUCCCGGUCAGCGGUAUUUCCAGCAUCAACUUCGUGAUUCAGAGGAAUGGUUCUGGGAAUGAUCGUCUACCAACGAGUUAUACGUGUUACGGUCGAUUGCUUCUACCGGAGUAUACGAAUGCAACAGCUCUAGGGUUGAACCUGGACAUGGCUUUGAAGAACUCCCGAGGAUUCGGCAACUUUUAA